CUGCAACCACAUUCAAAUUGUGAGUUCACGCGGCUAUUUUAAGUUGCCCAUUAGCGGUCAUAAGAAAAUUUUAAUGAUAUCUUAACGUAUUCUAUUGUCUUGAUUUCCAAUGCUAUUGGAUCAUCUGUGUAAACUUACCAAUCUCCCUACAAUGCAUUUCACUGCUACUCUUCAGUUCUAUGACGCAACCUCCUGUCAGUGUAAGACUUACACUUCCGGCAAAGCAAAAUUUCCUUGGCUCGGGACUAGUACAGGUUCUUCAAGGUCAGCCGUGUUCAGAAGCCCAGUCUAUCAUGCAACAGAGGUCGCAGAAUUUGAAUCCCUUGAACGCAAUUCGCCCGUUAGUUUCUUCAGUACCUGGAAUGGCCAUAAACACCAAUACAGCAGUGCAAUAUGUUAGGAAACCUGCGGAGAUAUCAGUUCUAGGUGCAGCUGGUACUUUUGUUGCUACUCCCAUGAACCAGACGUUUACGCCAUUUGUAAACCCGAUCAUGAAUUUAAAUCCCAGUAUGAUUUCCUCCAUCCCUGGUGGACCUACAGGAGGGUCCGGACAAGUAGGUGUGUUUGGCGGUACAAGUGUUCUUUCAAGUCUAACAAAUUCGCGCAAACCUUGCAAUUGCACGAAGUCACACUGUCUAAAGCUGUACUGUGAGUGCUUUGCACAGGGACAACUUUGCCAAAAUUGUAACUGCAAUAACUGUAUGAACAACCUGGCUUAUGAAGAAGAACGUGGAAGGGCCAUUAAAAUGACUUUGGAACGAAACCCUACAGCAUUCCACCCGAAAAUUGGUCGUGGUGAAGGUGAAAGAAAACAUACCAAGGGAUGUAAUUGUAAGCGCUCGGGGUGUUUAAAGAAUUAUUGCGAAUGUUAUGAAGCAAAGAUUAGCUGCUCUGAUCUAUGUCGCUGUCAGGGUUGCCGCAACACUGAAGAUAGUGUAGAGAGGCGUUCGCUUAUGCGUUUGGCUGCAAUGGGAGUUUUACGAUCAAGGCAACCAUCCUCGUUCAAAAAGCAUUUGGUUAAACCCCCACCAGAAAGUCUACCACACGUUUUCUUUACUUGGGAAGUGAUCGAAGCAACCACUAGCUGUAUGUUAGCGCAAGCUGAUGAAGUAGAGCGUCGUGAUUUACCUCCAGCAGCACAGGAGCGAAUAAUUCUAGAAGAAUUCGGACGCACACUAGAUCGUGUGAUUGAAGCGGCUAGCAAGGCGCAAAUACGCUUGUCCAGUGGCAUCCACACUUCCGCAUCGAUUGAUGAUAACGAUCAAGGUCUGGUACAUAGUGGUGGAUCAACCGGUCCAGGUAGUCUGGGUGGCAAGGGUGUAGGAGCAAUUGGGGUCGCAACAGCUGCUGCAGCGGCAGCGGAAGUACUACAGGAUGAUGACGAUGAAGAUGAUGAAAUGAUGCAUGAAAUGGAUGUAGAGGAAGAUGAAGAUCCAGACGAAAUGGAAGAUGAAAUGUAUGGCAUUGUUGGUGGAACUACGAUUUCUCGUCACGGACAUCCUCGUUCACCAUUGACGAGGCGUCACAUAUCUAGUAGUCACCGACCCACUCAUCUUGUUCCUGAGUUUGAUGAUGACAUACUAAGCGAUGAUGACCCGGUUGACAGAACUCAUGCAGUACCAUCUACUGUUAGACAAGGAACAAUCACUCAUAGGUAUCAGGACUCGCAUACGCGACGAACGCAACAUUUGAGUGAUGACCGAUAUACGUCACAUCAUCUACGACGAAGCAUAAGUAACCGCAGUCACCGCUAUCAUGAUCCAGACUCAAUGGUGUAAUCACGUAGGCGCUAACUUUCUACGCGACCUUGUUUAUAUAUUUGUAAAGUAACCCAAAACUUUGUAUACACCUUUUAUACAAACUUGUAUUCUAUCUUAACUGUAGUGUCUUUUAUAUCUUCCCAUUCAUAUUUUAUAGUCCUAAAUAUCAAAAGUCACUUUUCUCUUGGUCUGUACACAUUAUAUUUCACGUAAUCUCAUUUUUAUUUAUUUCAUUCGAGCAUUAGGUUACUGUACAUAAGCUUACCAACGCGGACGUAUUCUGCUCGUUCUUCUUUAUUCAUUCUUUUAACUAUAGCAGGAUUUAUUUCCGAGUAAAGCAUGUUUCGACCACCAACAGUGACUUCGAAAUUACUCGAUUCAGAGUUGACAAAUUUGUUUCCUAGGCAAGGAAUGUGGAAAAGGUGUCUUAGUAUAAAAUCAAAACAACUAAGCUUACUGAAAUGUCUGGUGUUAACGCACAAUGAAAUAGAAGCUCAUGGAAGGCAAAGUAUACACCAGAAUGCGACAGUGUAUUUGCGUUUUGUCUCGUAUGGACGUACACACCACUUAUAAGCCACAAGGACGAAAUGUCAAGCAAAUAUGAGAUAUAUGUAUCUCGUAUACAGCUGAGACGUAGUAGCGAUUGUUAAAUUUGGCCAAAAAUGUUUUUUGGUUAGAGAUUACCACAUACGGCUUCUUUGGUGUAUUUUCUCCGUUGUGUACUGUAUCACAGCUUCGUAAUAAGACCCCUAUCUCGAUAAGACACACAGCCCGCUCGUUAGGGCUGAUAGUUCAUAAACCGUCGUAGUGACCGACUCAAACAAACUUGAGAACUGCUGGAUUUCCUCCUUUCUCAUCACACUACACAAGAAGACAGCUCUGGUUGUGGAAUAUGUUAACUAGUAUCAAUCCUCCGGAGCAUUAGGAUGAAACAGACCUCACCUGGCCAUAGUAGUGAAUCUUCAAAAUCCACUGGAGACCCCAUGGCUAGCUCUCGUAGACUAGCUAGUGAAGGCAUAGCAUUGGAUUGUAGGCCAGAAAGUGCUCUCCUCGACUGUAUUCUAGUACACAGUCGUCUAUGUGGUGUUUGACUGAAUGGAUCUGUAGGGACUAGGAAGGAUCGUGGGACGACUGGGUGAUGCUUAUUCCUAAUCUUGGUUGUAUUGUGUUCUCUGAGCUGGGUUGUUUAUUCGUGAAGCUUUCAU